UGUUGCUCUGUUUAGGAUAUUAAUAACGUGUUGCAGUCUGAAGGUUUACUGCACAAUUAAUCACAUUACAUGUUCCUUCGGAUUCAAUCGAUAUUUAUAACCUAUCAUUUUAACCACCUAAAUUAUCGGAAACCUACUCAGUAGUCUAACACGUUUAUUGAGAGAGUGGAACGUCCUACAAUUGAACCUCGGAAGGAAUAUGUAUAUCUUAGAAGACUAAUAAGCCCUGAUGAGUUGAUAUCUGAAAAAUCUUUACACCGAUUCAGAAAGUUUUUUUACGUCACCUAUGUCGAAGGUGAAAUACCUAUCUAUCAAUUAAGGGACGAGUAUACUGCGCAGCAGUUCAUUCUGUUCUACUUUACAGCUGCGAAAUAUGGCCAUUAAGAGUAGAAGACAAUCGUAAUUUACUAGUAUUUGAUCACAGAUACCUUAGAAAUAUCUUUCGUAUUUGAUAGGAUCACCGGAUAAGUGAUAGUGAGGUUAGACGCAACAUAUCAGGGAUUAAUAGUAAAUCAGUUGAUAAGAUUGUAAAUCUUAGGGGCGGCCAAAGCUUGAGGUCACUAACUUCUAGUCUUAGCCAUGUUGGUAGAUACAGACUACUUGGUUGUGUUCCGCGUGACUAUCGUAACCAAUGUUUGGAGACAGUGUGACUUGGCUCAGAACCGAUCACAAUGGCGUCGGUGUAUACACUCUCUGCCUUCGUUUAAACCUUGAGAUUACUUACUUUCUGCGAACUAAUUCCUUCUCCCCGUAUCAUAUCCUUAUAUACAAUCGUUUUUUAUAUAUUACUACCAGUGAAGUAACUACUUCUAUGAAUUCGAUGUUCAUUUUGUUGUGCUAAUGAAGUGUGGCAACUUGUACCGAUGCAUACGUGUGCCUAGUCUUACAUUGUAACUGACUGAUAUAUACAUAUAUAUUUAUGGAUUAUUGAUCAGUUUCACAUUAGAAUGAAAAGAGCUAUUCAAGUGUUUCAAAUAUUCACUAGUCUUUCUCUGUGAUAAAAAAAACCAAACCCAAAAAAGAUCUUUCUAUUCAUUUGUAUGUUAUUAUAUCCUUCAAUAAAUGUGUAUUUAGCCUUUUCCUUUUUUAACCAAUCAUAUUCAUCUUAAUUCGAAAUAUUAUAGGUUAACAUGUUGUUACAUAUGGAAUGUCCAUUUCAAUUAAUUAUUGUCUAUAAUUAAUUAAUCAGAUCAAUCAUUGCAUAGUAGUAUAAUUCAAUUCCAUACAAUUUUGUUGUUGUUGUUGUCGUCGUCGUCGUUGUCGUUGUCCUCGCUUGUUGUUGUCACCGUCAUCGUUGUCCUUGUUUGUCGUUGUCGUCAUCGUUAUUGUCGUCGUCGUCGUCGUUGCUUGUUUGUUUGUUAUCAGUUUCCUAUCUCUUCUAAAUAUUUUUCCUAUAUAUGUUUUCAUAUUGCAUUGAACAAAAUAAAAAUUCUCAAUUUAUUCAUAUUUUUAAUGAUUAUCAAUUGAAUAAUAAAAUUUUAUUUUCAUCAUUAAUUAUCAUUAUGUUAAUAACAUGGAGUAUAUUCUAUGUAAUUAUUCCUAAUACUACUAGUAAUACUACUACUACUAAUAAAAAUGGAAUAGAUCCAUUCAAUACAGAUAAUUCUUUGGAUAAUAAAAUUCACAUUGUGAUCUUAUUUGAUGGUGAUCGAGGUCUACAAUACUUGCAUAGCCUACUUAAAUCUAUUUUUUAUUAUCAAAAUGGAAGAUUUCGAUGUGAUUUAAAAGCUUGUUGUCUAUCAAACUUUUGUGAUCGAUUUAUGAAUGAUUGUCAAACUCUUAUGAACAAUGUGUCAACAACUUAUACAACUGUAUUUCAUUUCUUAAUAACGUCGAUUUCAUUAAAUAGUCAGUUGUUGAAUUUGAUGAAUACAUGGAAAUUACAUAAUAUGGAAUAUCAUUUUUACAGUUGUGGUAAUCAACUGACAGAUAUUUGGUGGAUUCAAUCUAGGCAUCCUUCAGGCGCCAAACCAUUUUUAAAAUUGAUGAUUACAGAAAUUCUUCCAUCUACAAUCAAUAAAGUAAUUGUACUAGACAUUGAUAUACUACUUAAUACAGAUAUUAUUGAAUUAUGGAAUCAUUUUGAUUAUUUUAAAGAAACUCAGAGCAUAGGUAUUGGAUUAGAACAAAAUCCAUAUUUUCAAGAAGUUAUGACCAGGUUAGAAAGCAAUUGGAAAGAUAUUUUAAACUUAAUAUUAUUUGAAUUCAAAUACAUUUUAUAUGAGAUUCCAUGUGAAUGGAAUAUUCAAUUAAGUGCAGGAAGUGAUGAACAACGAUGUCCUGUAAGUUGGUUAACUUAUACAGAAUUGAAAAAGCGUAAUUACACAACAAUGGUUAAACAACCAAAACUUAUUCAUAUUAAUCAUCAUAUAAAACCAGAUGAUAUAAAUGUGAAUUAUACACCGACUGAGUACAUUGAUCAAUCAGAUAUCAUUCUUAAACAGUGGGAACUAUAUGAUAAAUUCGUGUCAGUUUACCGUCAAUAUACUCAAUUACAUGAAUCAUGUUUCCGAUAG